AUUAGACGAAUGGUCCCUUGCAUUGUUUUCCUCUAAAUUCUGUGGUUUCAAGGAGACGAUUAAAUUCAUACUUGGAGGUUUUCGUAGACCGUCGAACAUAUGGUAGCGAAAGAAACAGUCCAGGAACAGUCUUGAAACAGUCCCUCAGAGCAAUACAAACAGAGCGGAUUAAACGAAUGAUCCCUUGUGUUGUUUUCCAUUAAGUUCCGUGGUUUCAACAUUCCCUCGGGCUAAGAACACGAGCAGACCAGAAGACCAAUUAUUCCUAGUCAUUCCACGCCACCAAAGAUCUUUCCUAGUCUAAGUAACAACAGCGUAAGCCUUUUGACUUUUUCCCUUGCAUUUUGAGGCCAUAAAACAAGACAAACAGACAGCCUCAGAAACUUCCAAAAAUCUCUACUCUAGUCACUAAAGUCCUUUCUAGCUUUAAAUAUUUAGUGAAAACGUUUUGAUUGUCUUCUAGUUUCUUCGGGAGGCUUUAACACGACGCAAUCAGGAGAACAAUCGUCUUUGGAAACUCAGACACCACAAAUCCCUUUCCUGAUCACUGAGUCUUCCCUCUUCUGGUGAUCAAGGAAGGACUCAUUUAGUACUUUCUUUAACUUUCUUAACACGCUGGGCAUACCAAGACACCCAGCAAGAGAGUCAGCCAAUCAUAACACGAGGUAUUCAGGAGGACUAGACGCCAUUUCCUAACCUCUUCAAAACCCCCCAAACCGAUCCCCUACGAAAACAAUCCUAUCCCACAACUCAAUCAUCCUUUCUUUGUCCUCUAACAUCCACUAACAUCAACCCAACAAGGACGCCAAAGAGUCAACUAACGCAAGGCAGCCAAGAGGACAAGACGCCAUUUCUUAACCACUCCUAAACACCAAAGAUCAAUCCCUUACCCAAACAAUCCUAUCCCACGACUCCAUCAGCCUCCCUUGACCUUCCUUUGUAAUCUAACGCCUACCCAACGAGGUCAAAAAGUCAACUAACACGAGGCAACCAAGAGAACAAGACGCCAUUUCCUAACCACUCCUAAACCCCAAAAACCGAUCCCUUACCCAAACAAUCGCAUCCCACAACUCCAUCAGCCUCCCUUGACCUUCCUUUGUCUUCCUUAACUUUACUGAUACGAACCGGACGAGACCCUUACCCUUGCCCCUAUCCCUUCACCCCCAACACCAUGCCCCUGCCAGCCCCUUGAACCCCCUCCCUCGUGCCCCCUGAGGCUGGCGGCAGGGCUCAGGGAUCAUUGGAGGCUGUGAGGCGCCGAGGAGGGACGCAGAGGCUCCAAGAUGACGCCGCGGGGGAACACGUCAGGGUCCGUCAAAGGAUUCCUGGACGUGAAGAUCCCCGCGAGGAAGAGACGAAGCAUUUCCCUGUUUCGGCAACACAUGAUGAAAGUGCAGGUGUGGAAACGGAGGUGCUGGGUGGUAGUGCGCGGGGACCGGUCGCCCGAGGACACCGCGAGUCGCACCAACCAGCUCAGCCUCAGCGUGGAAAUCUACACGAGGCAUGAAGGAUCCGGCGACCACCCCACCGAGGGAACCAUCCUACAUCUCGACCUCGUGCACAGGAUACGAAGAGCCAAGUCUAAGUCCCACCCGUACGCCUUCGAGGUCUGCGGCAGGAGGGGCGAGGCGCUGCUCUACCUCAGCGGCCAGAGCGAGACAGAGUCGCAGAAAUGGAUGGCGGAGAUUCGCAACAUCCUCUGGCCCCCGACACACCUGGAGGCCAUCAGCAGAGCACACGGGAACACAUGGGAGGUGAGCGCCAUCAGCGUGGGGGAUGCGGGCGCCGACUGGACGAGUUUGGCUGGCCUGUACGGAAGGCUCACGGUGCGGGACGCCAAUCUACUCAUCAAGGAUACCCAUAAUGGUACGACGCGCGUGGAGUGGCCGCUGACGUCCGUGCAGCGAGUGUGCGUGGCGACGGGCGGUGAGGUGGAGGAUGAGGGCAAGAUUUUCAUCGUGCAGACCAGGCAGUCACACCCCUGCGGCGAGGCCUACCUCUACUUCUUCUCGCCGGAGCUGAGCGCCCUGCUGGAGGGGCUGCAUGAGGCUGUCUCGGAGCUCAUCACUGCCUCGGGCGCCGACGAUGUGUCUUUCAUCAGCGACAUGUCGGAGUUGUCGGGGGCCCUCAGCUCCGUGGUGGUGCUUCCGCCGCGUCUGCCGGACCCACCCAAGAUGCGCAAGGCCACCUCCGUGAUGGACCUGGCGCAGAUCCACGAACUGCAGCCGCUCUGCAACGUACACACGCCCCCGAGGCUCAGCAGCAGCCAGUGCAACCUCGCCGAGGAGCCGCGGGGGGAGCCGCCCCUGCCGGGCCGCCUGCUGGGGCACUCCCGUCGCAGAUCCAUGAGCGAGACCAACCUGGCCAAGCUGUGCCUCGACGAGACCGACGAGGAGCUCGAGUCGCGCGACGACGACCUCGAGGACGCUGACCUGCGCCAGACUGACCUGCCCAAGGACCGCACUUCCUCGUCGGGCUCCUACAACUCCUACAGGUCCACGGACAGCGGCGUGCGGCUGUCCGCCUCGCCCUCCACGCACUGUGACGGCGGCCGGUACAUGUCUGAGAACGCCACGCGCCGCUUCGUCACAAAGUCAGACUCGCUGGACUCCGGCGUGAGGGCCUGCGUCAAGGAGGACGCGCGUACCGACGCCGGAGGUGAGGGUGACGACGGCAAAAAGGACGCCACGAGCGGGGACGGCAAAACGGAGGGGUCGUCGCGGCGCGGCAUGGGCGCCCUGGAGGAAGAACCUGACGUGGACACCAAGGUGGGCGCCUGGUGUCUGCAGAGUGCCCGCGCCAGGCGGACAUUCUUCACCAAGAACCUAAACGUGACCAGCGCCGCCUACAAGGAGCGCAAGGUGGUGCGGCAGCUCAAUAGGACCAUGUCAGAGUCGUACAAGGAGGUGGUGGACAAGCACGACGACUACCGCCGCAUGUCCGAACUGCCAGCCGUGCCCAAGACGUGCACAGUGUACGAAGAGAUUGUAGACGUGCUCAAGCCGCUAAGCGCCGCCGCACAGCAGCCCAAGGAACACGACUACGAGGAGCUGGACAAGUGCCGCCGAGACAUCAAGCGAAGCUACAGCUUCCAGGAGAAGUCCAAACCCCCGCCGCUGCCACCCAGGAGGCCCAAGUCGUUUUCGCCGGACCCAUGGGCCGAGGAGGCCAUGACCAAAUCCGGCACGCUGAGGAAAAUCUUUGGUCUCUCCUUCCAAAGCAAGUCCCACUCCACGGACAGCAUGCUGGACGUGGAGAGCUCUAACUACGACGACCUCACCACGCUGGGCAGCGCCGAUGUGGCCCUCGUACAGGCCAUUGGCACACUGCCCCGCGUCAGGAAGAAAAUCGGUCCCGAGCGGCAGACCAGCAGAUCGGCGUCCCCAAAGAUGUCCCCCAAGCAGAAAGCACGCUCCCUGUUUGGGGUGUCGCCAAGCAGAUCCCCGAUGAUCCCGCGUCCCAAACACCUCUUCCUCUUCAAGGGGUCGGCACGCGAGGAGCUGCAGGUGUCACCGCACACGAAGCCACCCUUCAGGCUACACAGACAGUUCUCGCUGCAGGCUCAGCGGACACCCAGCACUGAUGGCUCUCUGGCGGAUAUAUCCACUCCUGAAACCCCCCAGACACAACAACAACAGCAACAACAACAACAGCAGCAGCAGCAGAGCGGAGCCCAGAGACAGUACUGGCGGCCCGAGUCGGCAGGUGGCGGGACUGGGUCAGGGUCAGAGAGUGCGGGAGGCGGAGACGACGGCAGCGGUCCAGGGGCCUCUAAGGACUCCUACGCCUUCCUCAAGUCUCCCAAGCUAAUGACAAAGACCUUCAGCUUCUUGAAAAAGUUUCCGAAGGAGAAGUCCGGUUCGCUGGAGCGUCAACGCAAGUCCGGCAUCAACUUCGUGCCACCGCAGGACCCGGUGACUAAGUUCCCCAACAGUUACUCAAUGGACAGUUUCGCGGUGGAGAAGGGCGCCCAGAGUUGCGGCACGCCCUCCAGGGACCCAGAGUCAGACUGGGGUGAGGGCGACGUGCUACCGGGAUGCCGCCUCCGCUCCAUGUCCUACCUGCCGCCCGCCUCCCCCGCCAUCAGGAUCCCCUUCCACUCCCACCACGACUCCACCUCCACCACACCCGCCGGCACCCCCACCAGCCACUCCUUCAGUCCCCUCCGCAAGGCCAGCUCCCCGCAACCACCGACCGAGGCUCUGGGCGGCUGCUGGAGCGAGUGUGAGUCCCACCUGACGCCCGGAGGUCACUCGCUGCCGCCCCGGGAGCCGCCGCCGCCUCCCGCCCCACACGAGCCACACUACGCCAACUUGCCGCACCAUGACCCAGACUACAUGUCCAUGGACGAGGUACGCGGCGCCUUCAGGAGGAUCUCCAACGCCUCGGCCAGUGAAGGGCGGCGGGACAGUGGUGGCUACCUAUCGAUGGGAGAGAUUCGGUCGUUCCAGAGGCCGUGCGAGGCGCCCGAGUGCCCCGGCUGCAGCGUGUCCCACCACGACUGUCAGCCGGAGCGGGACCCACAGCCGCCGGAGGAGCACGAGUACAUGUCGAUGGACGACAUUCAGUCGGUGCUGCACACCGAGUUUCCGGGGAUCUACUCCACCUCGGAGGAGGACAAGGACGUAUACAAGGGCUGCGGCUUCAAGAGCGCCCCGAGCAGCCGCAAGACUUCUUACUGCGAGGGUUCCGACUACCUGACGCCACAGGAGGUGGGCCGCAUGAUCCGGCGGGAGGUGCUGGCCAUUCGGCGGGGGCGUGAGGGCACCGCCGAGCUGCAGCACCACCUCCAUCACCCCCAGCACUCACACUCCCAGCACCUCACCACGGCACACCACUUCGACCCUCACCAUCACCACCACCUCCACCACCACCACCUCCACCCGCAGCAACAGCAGCAGCAGCAACAGCAGCAGACACCACAGUCGCAGCAGCAGGACCCUUCCCAACACAAGCAGUACCACCACCACCACCACUAACACCACCCUGGCCAUCCCCUUCCCACUUCCUCUUCCCACACCACCAACACCACCACCGCUACUUCUUCCACCACUACUACCACUUCUACUACUGCUAACACAACGCCCCCGUCACUGCCACUGACGCCACCACACACACACACACACACACACACACACACAGAGGCGAUGAUGUCCCUCUCAAAUGAAGCUCUUUUUACGCCUUACUGGACCACUAAGCUCACCACUACGCAUUCAGCGCUUUUUUAUAAUGCAUAUAGAGCCCCACAACUGUAAGUAUCCCCACUUCUAUAGAUUCCUGACUCAGUGUGCUUAAUAAGAGUAAGAAAGAGAGAAAGGAAGAUUAGAAAGAGACAGAAGGACAGAAAGCCCUGGUGAGUUUGUGUGUACGUACGUGCAUUUAGAAAUCGUAUAUAAGGAGCCGUGUACGUGGAUUUCGCUGUGUGUACGUGACAGUCAUGGAUGUGUCAUGGUUGUACAGAUAUAACAAUUUUCUAACCUUCAGUAAGAGCGACGAGGCGAAGGUGAUCUUGAAGGUGCCAAAUAUUCGACCUAAGUCUUCGAUUCCUCUUCCUCAUCCCUUCCCUUCCCGGCCACGAGUCCCUCCCUUCUUUCCGGACCUUCUCCCCAUAACCUUCCCUUUUUCCUAGGUCCUCCAGCCUUCCUUUUUGGAGACAAGAACUCAAAAUUUAAUAGUUGUUUCCCUUUCCUCACCCUCACCCCUCCCCUCGCCCCCACCUCCUCCUCCUCCACCUCAGCUCAAAAAUAUGAACUGUGUUUAGAGAUUUGUAAACUCGUAGACGCCUGUCUCCUGUCUUCCUUCAUUUGAUUGUGUUCUACAUUGGGCCUGUGGGUAGUUCGUCGACUCAAUGAGACCCGGAACGAACCCAACUGAACCCCUGACCAAACUCGAGUGAGACCCAGACAGGAUCCUGCUAAACCGAAAUAAGUUCAAUAGGAUCAUGGCUUUGUGACAUGACGCUGGAAACCGAACCCUUUCAUGUGAACUCCAUGUGUCCCCUUGCAAUGGAGCCCGAGGAUGAAGCAUGGAUGAAACUGAACGAAGCCGAGAAGAACCGAAGCAACGAGAACCGCGUGACGUCAUCAAACAAUAGAGAACCAAAUGAACACUUAUGCUUGUUUAGAAGUGAAAAUUCCUUGUAUUUUAGCAGAGAUUUUAAUAUUAAGGGCCUGACCACCCCUCAGAGAGAGAGAGAGAGAGAGAGAGAGAGAGAGAGAGAGAGAGAGAGAGAGAGCAUUUCAUUCAAGUAAUUUCUCCUUUUCUCCCCGACUCUGCUGGUGCGAUCCUUAGGUGGUGGCCAGUUACACACACCAAUGAUGAUGAUGAUGAUAAUAAUAAUAAUAAUAAUAAUAAUAAUAAUAAUAAUAACUGUGAUGACCUUCCAACAUCCACUUAAACCGCUUCAGAGAAGUAGAAGUCAACCAAGAAACGAGAAAAUGUAUUGAUAUAAAACAAAUUUUCAAGUAUAAUGACCGCCUUAUACUCUUCCAAAAUACGAUGCUCUCCCUCUUAGCUCGCAGCACAUACAGUGAAUGACUGAAUAAAAUAGAAAGGCGACGGAUAAUUUAUUGAAUGAAUUUAACUCCCUUGAUUACGUUCAGUGUUCCCUCCUCGGCUCACACACGUGCGUUCAAAUAAGUGUCUGUGUGCACCAGCAGCGGCGGAGGCAGGAGCAGAAAAGGAGGAAUUUACGUGUUGAUUAUCCUCCCAAGUGAACGGUGACGACACGGGAACGAGUGUAUCCUUCUCCCUCACCCAAACACACCCAGUUUUAUGCCCGACAAUACUUGAAGUGUAUGGUGCCGCGGCAGGCCAGUCAGUCCUUCCUCGUGCACUUCCGUUACAGUAUCGACACAACGCCAGAUGUAUGUACGACAAUACUCAGAGGUGUAUCAUUACAUUUCCAUAAUUAAAGCAACACCAGCCUGCCGGAUAUAUGCACGACAAUACUCAGAACUGCACGGGAGAGCGGCAGGACAGCUAACCCUUUAAUUAAUGUGUUACACUUUCAUUACCAUAUCGAAACCCUGCCAGAUGCACAACAAUACUCAGCAGUGUACGAGAGCGCGGCAGGCCCAUCCACCCACCCAUUCAUCCCCUCCUUCCCUCACCACCGCCACCCUUGCGUUCAUUGUUCCUGGAUAUUUGCAUACGAGAUACGUAGCUUUCAUACGCACGCCGGAUAUGCAUAAUUACGGCUGAUAUAUAAGUCCGCCUUUUUUGUGUGUACGGUUUUAUUCCGAGCUCUCGAGUCCACUCCCGUUAGCUGGUCGGCGGGCUGGCUCGGGUUAUGUUGGUUGGCUCUUAUUACAGUGUUAUAUAUUGGUUCGCUGUUCCAUAGGUGUUCGUUUUGAUAUGAUGACAAUAUUAUGCUUCCUUAAUUACACACACACAAUGUUAUAUAUAUAUCGCAGUCUUUUUUUGUGCGUGCUUCUCAGUGACGCAUGUGUGUAUAUAUUCGUCUAUUUUGAACGUUUUUACUUUUCUGUGUAUGUGUGUGCUUCAUGGGAGUGGAAUAAUGGAGGAUAAAAAAGAUGGAAAGGUUUUGGAGAAAGAGAUGGAGAAAUGUUGGAGAAGAGGACAAUGUGCAGAAAUUUUGGAGGAGAAAGAGAGAUGGAGAAAUUUGGAAACAGAGAGAUGGAGGGGUUUUUUUUAGGAGAGAGAUGGAGAUAUUUUUUGAGGGAUAAAUUUCCAAGCAAAAGGGAGAGCAGAAAUGAAGACAAAAAAUAAUCCCCCGAAUAAGAUGCUAACCCCGAGAAAAAAUAAAACGUGACAGAAUCGAAAAAAAAAAAAGUAAAGCGUAGGAUAAAACGAGCAAAGAACUGCCGAAGAGGAUUUGGAUCAACUUACGAAUAUUUAAAUAGACUUGAAUGAAUAAAGACCGAAUAUUUUAGGUACAGUGUGUUCAUAUAACCCAGAGCGAGAGAUUACCUUUUUACCUGGCAGCCUACCUGGUCACGUGACUCGAACAGGUGAAAGUGAUUAACAAAGCGGGAUCCAUAAUCUCAUUACUAGUUAAUUACCAAGAGCAGGUUUAAACGGAUGGCUUUAAUAUAUUUGGUGAGAUGGCAGCUUAGUUUAAAUGUUUAAAAGGUAAAUUGAGUCUGUCAUCCUUGAAAAAAAAAAUAAUGACUCGCAAAAGUUAACUAAGAAAGAUAUUUUAUUAUUGUAUUAACACCUCUCUCUCUCUCUCUCUCUCUCUCUCUCUCUCUCUCUCUCUCUCUCUCUCUCUCUCUCUCUCAUUACCUCCAACAUGGCGGCAAGUCAGUAUGCACAAAUUCAUUUAUAAAAGCAACCCCUUCCCCACUCCCUCCCCACCCCCGUGACCCCCACCCCCCUCACUUAACACCCAAACUCCCCCCUUUUCAUCUAUACGGAUUUAAAUUGCCCAAAUGACACCUGUUGUUGUUGCUGUUGUUGUUGUUAUUAUUGUCGUCUGGAGGUGUGUGUUUGAGGGGGGGGGGGUGUAAAGGGUAAGGGGGUGAUAAGUGAAAGAGGGGUCAAGGAAUAAAGAGGUCAAGGUCAGGUUCAAGGUCAGGUCAGGUCAGGUCAUGUGUGUUCAGGAUUUAAUGGGUCAACUCGGUUUUUUUUUCUCCAUGUUCAACCCUUUUUUCCCCACUCACUCCGUUUAUUAACAUCAUUACCGUUAUUAUAAUUAUUUUUCUUUCAUUUUCUUAAUAAAAGGAAAACUGUC